CUUGCUGAUCCCCCGCCCGAACACCCCAGCAGGAAGCCAGGAGAUAACUAUUACCUGAACAGGACGACGAUGCUCCGCGCCCACACCUCGGCCCAGCGGGAGCUGGUGAGCGCCGGGCUGGACGCCUUUCUGUUGGCCGGAGACGUCUACAGGCGGGACGAGAUCGACGCCAGCCACUAUCCCGUCUUCCACCAGAUGGAGGGCGUCCGACUCUUCUCCAACCACGAGCUGUUCUCGGGGGUGCAGCAGGGGGAGGAUCUGUCUCUGUUUGAGGCUGGAGGUCGGAGGACUCCUCACAAACAGCAUCUUCACUCUCUGGAGGCCGUGAAGCUUCUGGAGUUCCAUCUGAAACUCACUCUGACCCGACUCGUCACAAACCUGUUCGGACAAGAUCUGGAGGUCCGGUGGGUCGACUGUUACUUCCCCUUCACUCACCCCUCCUUUGAGAUGGAAGUGCGUUUCCAGGGCGACUGGAUGGAGGUGCUGGGCUGCGGAGUGAUGGAGCAGGAGCUGCUGAACUCAG